UGGCCACAGCCCAGUCCAAGGCCAGCAUGUCGCUGCAGAGGAUUGUCCGCGUGUCCCUGGAGCAUCCCACAACUGCGGUGUGCGUGGCUGGUGUGGAGACCGUCGUGGACAUAUAUGGAUCGGUUCCCGAGGGCACGGACACGUUCGAGGUCUACGGCACCCCCGGCGUGGACGUCUACAUCUCUCCCAGCACGGAGAGGAGCCGGGAGCAGCGCGCUGACGUCAGGCGGUGGCACUUUGACGAGGGCUUGGAGAUCACCGUAGUCAUGAACUCCCCGAGCAACGACCUCAACGACAGUCAUGUGCAGAUUUCCUACCACUCCAGCCACGAGUCCCUGCCCCUGGCCUGCGCCGUGCUCUACCUCACCUGUGUGGACAUUGCCCUGGACUGCGACCUGAACUAUGAGGGCAGGCAAGACAGGAGCGUCGUGGACAAGGGGCAGUGGGUCUGGGGUCCUGGUGGGUAUGGAGCUAUCUUGCUGGUGAACUGUGACAGGGACGAUCUGGGCUGUGAUGUCCCUGACAACUAUGACCAGCACGUGCGCUGCCUGCAAGAUCUGGAAGACAUGUCCGUCAUGGUCCUGCGGACCCAGGGCCCCGCAUCUCUCUUUGAUGACCACAAACUCAUCCUCCACACCUCUGGUUAUGAUGCCCAGCGGGACUUCUCUGAGACCCCGAUCUUCACUGACACUGUGGUGUUCCGGGUGGCUCCUUGGAUCAUGACGCCCAGCACCCUGCAGCCCCAGGAGGUAUACGUGUGCCGUGUGAGGAACAACACGCGUUUCGUGGAAGCCGUGGCGGAGCUGGCGAGUCGGGCAGGCUGCAAGUUGACCAUCUGUCCGCAGACGGAGAACCGCAAUGACCGCUGGAUCCAGGACGAGAUGGAGCUGGGUUACGUUGAGGCGCCACACAAGACCUUCCCUGUGGUCUUCGACUCCCCAAGGAACGGGGAGCUGCAGGAAUUCCCUUACAAAAGGAUCCUGGGUAUAGAUUUUGGCUACGUGACUCGGGAACCACGGGACAAGUCCGUGAGCGGCCUGGACUCCUUCGGGAACCUAGAGGUCAGCCCCCCAGUGGUGGCCAAUGGGAAGGAGUACCCCCUGGGGCGGAUCCUCAUCGGGGGCAACCUGCCUGGGUCAAAGGGCCGCAGGGUCACACAGGUGGUACGGAACUUCCUCCAUGCCCAGAAGGUGCAGCCACCCGUGGAGCUCUUCGUGGACUGGCUGGCCGUGGGCCAUGUGGAUGAGUUCCUGAGCUUUGUCCCUGCCCAGGAUGGGAAGGGCUUCCGGAUGCUCCUGGCCAGUCCUGCCGCCUGCUUCCGGCUCUUCCAGGAGAAGCAAAAGUGGGGCCAUGGCAGGGCCCUCCUCUUCCAGGGAGUUGUUGGUGACAAGCGGGCCAGAACCAUCUCCAUCGACCAGGUCCUUUCCAACAGAAACCUCAUCAGUUUUAAUAAGUUUGUGCAGAGCUGCAUUGACUGGAACCGUGAGGUGCUAAAGCGGGAGCUGGGCCUGGCAGAUCACGACAUCAUCGACGUCCCCCAGCUCUUCAAGUCUGAGCAGAAAAAGGCGAUGGCCUUCUUCCCUGACUUGGUGAACAUGCUGGUGCUGGGGAAGUACCUGGGCAUCCCCAAGCCCUUUGGGCCCAUCAUCAACGGCCGCUGCUGCCUGGAGGAGAAGGUGCGCUCGCUUCUGGAGCCGCUGGGCCUCCACUGCACCUUCAUCGAUGACUUCACCCCGUACCACAUGCUGCACGGGGAGGUGCACUGUGGCACCAACGUGCGCCGGAAGCCCUUUGACUUCAAGUGGUGGAACAUGGUGCCCUGAGCCAGCUCCUGCCCACUUCUUCCCUCUGAUGUGGGGCAUCAGAGGCUGGUUUCUGAACAGUGAGCUUCCAGAGACACCCCCCCCCCCAGGUUCCAGACAGAAUGCUGAGGGUGACUGUCCCCUGAGGAGCCUCUUCCCUAAAGGGUCUAUGCGCCACCUGCAAGCCAUUUGGUUCCCCUCCAUGAAUCCUCUUGGCCUCCCAUAAAUGACCUUGUUUCUUGUGUCCUCCCAUAUGGAUCAAUACAACCCAUUCAGACUCCCCCCCAUCCCCUUUCUCAGCCCCCCAAACCUUCUGUUUGACACCACGGUCACUUUGGAGUCUAGAAACAUCCAUCGUGUUAGCCCUCUUGUCCUGUGCAAGGUCACAGAGGAAUCUGCUUUGGCCUGGUUGCCUCCUGCCCCGCAUGAGGACAAUGCUAGAAUCGCACCACUCCACACAGGACAGGACGGAGCUGCCAGUCCAUUUCAGUCAAAGUGGAGCCGUCAAUCCCACUCCACGUAGUUCCGUCCCUCCCUGCCUGAGCCUUCACAUGGUAGAUGCCCCUAGAUGGGUGCAGAUGGAAUGGUAGUUGUGUCUUAACCUUAUAAACCUCCCACCUUUGAUGUUCAGAAUGCUGGCUUUGGCCAAAACGCUCCUGGAAUUUCUUGGCGGUGAGAGUAUCUGGUGAUGUUGGAGACUUGGAGGCCUGGGUCCAAGGACAAAAGGUGUCUCUUACAUCACACAGUGCUGACCCUGCUGGCCACCCUGUGCAGGAAGGGAGAGCCGGAGGGACACGGCCCUCAGCCUUCUGUUGACAUCCUGCCAUACUGCGGAGCCCUGGGACAGCUCUAGAGGGGACAGCCUUGGGAAUGAGCCCACUCUAAGUGCAGAGGGUGGGCAAGAACUUGGUUUCCUCAAGACGUGUGUCAGCUCUGCGUGUAUUCUGUGUGUGGAUCCAAGUGGGUUUCAAUCACUGGCUAAUAAAUCAACAGA